GUUUACCAACUGGCUUGCUCACUGAGCGACUGACGUUCGCGUCGACGUGGCAAACGACUAGCAACCUUAGUAGACCUGACAAGCUGGCUUUACUCCUCUAACUUUCACUUCGUGUUUGGGCCACGUCCUCCUCAAGUCUGGAGUUUGCCUCUGCCCUUCGUCUAAAGUUCGCCUGUGCCCUCCGUCUACCGAACUUGCACACAACCGUAUAGAGUAUGUCUGAUUAUGUGUCGAGCCCCUCUAGGCCAGCCUCGCCUGUGGGCGCUUUACCAGAAAUACCACACACUGCACGUCCAUUCCGCUUAAACUGGGAUACAGCUUCUCGUGCCCGAGGUCCAGGGAGCGUUUCAGAGACCACUGAAGGUCGUGGAGGUGACUAUUUCGCAACACCUUUUCGCCUUGAACUGCCCAAUCUAUCAACUGCAAAUAUUGCCCUCGGCGCUUUGCCCCAGGAAUGGAGUAGCUCAACGCAGGGAUUCAACGCGAUAUCAACCGUUCUUAAUAAUCCUCAUAGACGCCAGGCCCCUCCAAAAGCCCAUUCCUCCCUCCCAGCUGUGCCCCCUUCUGAUUUACCACGCGUCAAGCGCAAGGACUUCGAUCCAUAUCUUCGGGCCAUUGCGCCGGAAUGGGAAAGAUUCGAGCGAAACAUGCAACUUGGUCGGGAUAGCCAGGCUUCGUUGGACGCAUCAUUUAGUCCUCGUCCUUCAGCGGACACUCCACUUACGCCACGUACGCCUCGGGCAGGAAAGCUAUUAACACCUCUCGGCUCCGUCCCUGAGGUCUUCUUUGAUGCUCAAUUUAAUCUUGGUGACCCACAGACAUUCAAUGCCGUCAUAGAACGCCAGGAAGAAGACGAAGCUUCCUCAGACCCUUCGUCACUUUCGUACUCCCUCCCUCUUCUUGAGAAGUUGUCACAUCAUGCAGAUACCAUUGAACAGCACCUUGUUCGGGAAAUUUGCUCUUCGACCGAAUCGGAAGAAUGUCUUGAUCGAAUAUCAAAGCUCCGCGGACUACUCAAGGAGGUUGAUGAAAAAGGCGCUAAACGAGGACUAGAAAUCGUGAGGACAGAAAGCAAACUGCUCAAUCUCGAAUCUAUCAGUAGUGGUGUCAAAGAGGUAGGGGCUGUGCUGGAGAUGACUGGGGUGGCAAAGGGAUUAGUUGCGGCGGGACAAUGGGGCGAGGCUUUGACAGUCAUUGAAGGCGUGGAAGCACUCUGGGAUCCUGCAGCUGCUGAAGGGCAGCCUGCAGUUUCUGGCAGGAAAGCUCGAGCGGAACUUGUUCGUGUCCCCACCAACGGACGAUUGUCGCCUCUUCCAUCUAUGCCGGAAUCGCCUCCCCCGGAAAGUGAAGGGACUAGGAAGACUCCAUCGAUACCGGUGUCCUCAUUGAUCGCCUUCUCUUCUCUUCCUGUGCACCUUCGUGCAUUGACCAUGGAGAUAGCGUCCUCGCUUACCACGGAACUCGUCAGUGUGUUGAAGCUUGACUUACUAGAACGAGUGAAUGCAGCACCUGAGCGGAAUGGUAACGUGAAUCUGUCCUUAAAGGAUAGGCUGCGGCCCGUUCUUCAAGGCCUUUUACGCACUAAGGGAAUUCGCGAAGCUACUGUUUCCUGGAGAGAAGUUGUGACCAGUGAAUUGCAAGGUAUCGUCAAGCAUCACCUGCCGUCUUUCAAUACGGAUGAAGAGGAGUCUAAAGAUCCUAAGGCUGCCCCAAGUGGACUUGUAAAUCUUCUUCGCUCCAAAGAGCACGCGGAGUUCCUAUCGCUUCUCUCGCAGCUGUAUACGAGUCUUCUGAACGGUAUCAAAGGCAUCCAGGCCCAAAAUGGCAUACUAAUAGAAGUGUUACGAAGUUUGCAGGCGCACAAACCAUCAGUAGACAUCACCUCACUGCAAGAAGAACUCUUAGACAUUCUAUCUUCAUCUGCGGACCUCUCAAACAAGCUAGCCGCGGUACUUAUUGGAUAUCGAUCCGAACAGCAUGCGCAACUUGAUCUUCCUGACUUCCUUACCUUCUUCAACACUUCGUGGAGUUUCGUGGUGCAGUGCGAAGUGAUAUGCCGGCGGAUGAUCAUGGGGCUGAGGGGAGUGGUCCUUGGUCAGGCGAAGCACUUUCUACAGGCUUUCCAUCAGGCCCGAAUCAGCCAAUCGGCGAAGCUCGUUGAAGAUGAACAGUGGAAUCCGAUGUCAGAAGUGCCUGCAGCGCUGCAGCACAUGGCAGAUGUCCUGGUAGAUUCCGCAGUUCGGGACUCCCCUGAGCUUAUCGUAGGAGAGACAGAUAGCUCGACUUCGGCCCCAAGCCCGUUACCAUCUCAGCCUCCUUCGAGCAAUUCGAAUGGAUCCACACCGUCAUCCAAGUAUCUUCGAAUAGAAGAACGACCGUACUUCUGUGUUUCUGCCACAGGCGCUGUCCUCAGCCUGUUAUUCGAUUACCUUAAGCUCGUCGUCAACCUCUCCAUGCUUAACAUCGAUACGAUGGGUCGAGUCAUAGAGUUUCUGAAGGCGUAUAACUCUAGGACCUGUCAGGUCGUCCUGGGCGCUGGGGCGAUGCGGUCGGCUGGUUUGAAAAACAUCACCGCAAAACAUCUUGCACUGGCAUCACAGUCCCUGUCAAUAAUGAUCGCACUCAUUCCGUACGUGCGAGAAACCUUCCGUCGCCACCUUAGCCCAAACCAGGCGGUGAUGCUCAUCGAAUUUGAUAAACUCAAGAGGGACUUCCAGGAGCAUCAGAGUGAAAUCCAUUCGAAAUUGAUUGCUAUUAUGGGCGACCGCACUAGUGCACAUGUCAAAUCCUUACAGAACGUCGAUUGGGAUCGGCUAAAGCAGGGAGAAGGUGCCAAUGAUUACAUGGAACUUCUCGUCAAGGAGACUGUCACGCUUCACAAGGUACUUUCGAGGUACCUGACUGCACCAGUUGUGGAGGUUAGUGAUACUGGCUCUGUAUGUGCUAACCAAGUUCGCUCACAUACUCUUAACUUUGCCCCUUGUGACGAUUUUUACAGAAUGCUCGCUGAUGCGAACUACCUUCAUGAGAAAUUUUCUAUUCUCAAGAACGUUGGCGCGCCCACGAACAUGCUCAAGAAUCUGGUCGCGGAAAAGACUUUGCCUCGGCCUUCUGUCACGGAGAGAUAGUGUCAAGCCAGACAAGCCGCUUCCGGCAGUCAAUUCGUCUCCGACACCUAGCCCGCCGCCGCCGCCUCCUCCUCAGGAGGUACCUGCUGAUGCUGCCACUGUGGAAGAACAUCGAAAUGGAAGCCCAAAUCUUGAUAGAGUGGUGCCACCUGCACGAGGCAAUUCUCGCGCCCGCAGGAUAGUAGGCUUCAAGCAAGCG